AUGGACUGUACUUCGCAGUUACUAAAAAAUCUUUUUCAUGAUUCUGAUUUGGCAAAAAAUCUAGCCUGCGCAAGGAACAAAACAGAGACUAUUAUAAAUAAUGUUAUUGUGCCGUAUACUAUCGAAAUUCUUCUUGAAAAACUAGAAGACAUUGUGUUUUUUGGAUUGUCAACCGAUGCCAAUAACCACAACGCUGAUAAAAUAUUUCCGAUAAUCAUUCAAUACCUUGAUUGGAAGACUGGCAUGGAAAGCAAAAUGCAAACAUCCUUGGAAAAUGAGACUUCGCUGACUAUUGCAAAUAACUUGCUUGCAACUCUUGAAAAAUACAAUUUAAAAGGUAAAUGUGUUUCUUUUACGGGUGAUAUUGCUAAUGUCAACUUUGGAGGUGUUACACGAAAUGAGGGAAAUAACAUUAUCACCCAUUUGAACCGGAACCUAGAGCAAGAGAUAGAGUAG